AUCAGGAUAAUCUCAGAUCGUUCCAGAUCGCAUCGAUACUCAGUCAGUGGCUUUCCCGAUCAGGAUGUUGUACGUGACCAUACAGAUACUUGAACUAAGAGGAGGGAAAUGGAGGGGGAAUCGCCUGUCUCCUCACCUUUCUGAUCACAUACAACAUCCUGAUGGGGCAAGCCACUAAGUAUGGAUGCGACCAGGAAUGAUCAGAGAUUAUCCACCACCCAUGCUGAGGAGAUGUCGUCCAGUGCACCGGACCAGAGCCUUUGACGUGUGGGACGUGAUGAAGAUGGAUUAUUGCAAUGGACUCUUACAUCAGAAAGACCAGAUGGUCCAUCUGGACAGUAGAAAUCAGUGGGAGUUACCAUGUCGUUACCAUGGUUUUUUUGGUUUUACCUGCAGAAGCAAGCCUAUUGAGGAUAAAAAUGAUCAACCCUUUUAUUAUGGUAAAUAUUUUAAUGGCGCCCGGGAACACCAUCCCUUUUUGCAGGACGGGCCGACUCGAGAAAAGGGAAGCUUGGUAGGGGAAUCUCCACAAUCCACAAACAACUUAUUUAUACAGUCUCACAGAACGCUCUUCGCCCCAGAGGCAGUAGUAUGUUACUCCUCUCUAUCAGGAGAUGACCUACUUGCCCUGUCUCAGUCCCCAAUUCCAUUCUAUUCGUCAGACUUCCUACUGCCGAUCCUGCGAAGUGAAAUACCACUUUCCAAUAGCUCCGGUCUGUGUGUACAAACAGUUGGUGUAACACUGGCUGGGGUACAGCAGGCCUUAUGCGGCACAUGGACCUGGAACGGACUGGGUGACAAUACAGGACACCCAAUAAGAUACGGAAUCCAGAGUACCCUGAGGUUGGAAGGAUCGGCAGGGGUGACAAGUCAAAAGAACCGCAAUUCCCUCUUUUGUGGCCUGACCAUUCGAGAAAAUAAGACUAAUGAGGCUCUGGAACAGAGUAAACUGGGAUUAUCAGACCUGUGUCUUUACUCUAUGCAGAAUCAGUGUGCCUUAGACUAUAUACACGCCCGGGAGUGUGAGGUCUGCACCACUGUCCAAGAUAAAUGCACUAUGGGCAUUCCCGAUCUCACUGGCAAUAUUACUAAGAUACAAGAAGAGAUCCAGGUAUUCCUUGACAGAAUGACUGAAGGGACCAGUUGGGGAAACUGCAGAUCGGGCUGAUGGUACAAUUGGCUUAUCGAUUUAGCUAUGUAUGGUAGAAUACUUUUCCUUUGUUUGUCAGUAUUGCUCUUGUUAGGUGUUUUAUUGCUAAGCUUAUGAGGUCCCUUAGUGAUAUAGAUUUGCCCCAGAAGAUCCACCUUUUGCGAUCCGAUGGCUCACCCACAUGUGUCGAUGGCGAUGAUAAAUAUGACCAGAUGAGCUGCGAAGAUGAUGGUGCCGCUCUACAGGAUGUUGAUGGCUGGACCACCUUGAAGGGCAUUCGUUUGGACUAGCCUUCUCUUUCAGUGAUCACGGUGCAAUCAAAGGGAGGAAUGAGGGUGUGGGCAUCUGGGUGAUAAA